AAUACCAAAGAUGGGAAAUGAUUAUUGAAAGGCGCAUGAGGGAGCUGGAAAUGUGGGCGGGACAGAGAAGAAGCAGGGACAAUGUCAACAGCUCAGCUCUCAACUCUGUCAGCUGAAAGCCACAUCUAAGCACAGAAGUUCAGUGAGCGAAAGCAGACCUAACGCAGCAGUUUUGGCGACAAGAGCAUAUAGAAAUGCCCUGGGAAUUUGGCUGAAAGUUAGAAAAGAUAAAUAAGGAGGAAUGCUGGAUUCAGCAGUUAUCUAAAAUCUUGAUUUGUUCUCCUCGAUUCCACAUGGCACAUGAAUGAUCCAUCUGAGCAUUUGAAGCGCAUCAUGCCCCCUAGAUAGCAGCCUUGUCCUCUUCAUCCCCCCCUUGGUCCCUUCCUAAACAUUUUGGCUUCAACUCCACCAUCGCCACGUGUGCUACUGCAACCACCAUGCCCCCAAGGAAGAGGACAAGGGCGGGCCUGGGGUUCUUGUGCUGCUUUGGCAGCAGUGAGCCCCCCGAGAUCAACCUAAAGGACAGUGUACCCUUACAGCUACUGGAAUUCAGUGCCCCCAUGCCGCCUGCUGAGGAGCUGCAUGCUCGCUUCUCUGAGCUGGUGGACGAGUUGGAUUUGACUGAUAAGAAUCGCGAGGCCAUGUUCGCUUUGCCAGAUGAGAAGAAAUGGCAGAUCUAUUGCAGUAAAAAGAAGGAACAAGAGGACCCGAACAAGCUAGCUACAAGCUGGCCUGACUACUACAUUGACCGAAUCAACUCCAUGGCUGCUAUGCAGACCCUGUUUGCCUUUGAUGAGGAGGAAAUGGAAAUGAGGAACAAGGUGGUGGAAGAUCUGAAGACAGCACUUCGAACUCAGCCAAUGAGGUUUGUGACGCGCUUCAUUGAGCUGGAUGGCCUCACUUGCCUCCUCAACUUCCUCCGCAGCAUGGAUUACGAGACCUCGGAGAGCCGCGUCCACACCUCUGUCAUCGGCUGCAUCAAGGCUCUCAUGAACAAUUCUCAGGGUCGAGCACACGUGCUCGCUCACCCACAGAGCAUCAACACCAUCUCGCAGAGCCUGCGAACGGAGAAUGUAAAGACCAAAGUGGCCGUUUUGGAGAUUCUUGGGGCAGUGUGUCUAGUCCCCGACGGACACAAGAAAGUUUUGCAGGCCAUGGCUCACUACCAAAAAUAUGCCGCAGAGAGGACUCGUUUUCAGACGCUGCUGAAUGAGCUGGACAGGAGUACGGGACGCUACAGAGACGAAGUCAACUUGAAGACUGCUAUUAUGUCCUUUAUCAACGCGGUGCUCAAUGCUGGAGCAGGAGAGGACAACCUCGAGUUCCGCCUCCACCUGAGAUAUGAAUUCUUGAUGUUGGGCAUCCAACCAGUGAUUGACAAGCUCCGAGAGCAUGAAAAUGCCACUCUAGAUCGGCAUUUGGAUUUUUUUGAAAUGGUACGCAAUGAGGAUGACUCUGAAUUGGCCAAACGGUUUGACAUGACCCACGUUGACACCAAAAGUGCCGGUGCCAUGUUUGAGCUGGUCAAAAAGAAGCUGAGCCACUCGGACGCCUACCCACACCUCCUCUCCAUUCUGCAGCACUGCCUGCAGAUGCCAUAUAAGCGUGGCGGUAGCAGCAUGCAUCACUGGCAGCUCCUUGACAGGAUCCUCCAGCAGAUAGUCUUGCAGGACGACAAAGGGGAGGACCCCGACCUUUCACCUUUGGACAACUUCAAUGUUAAAAACAUAAUUCGCAUGCUGGUCAAUGAGAAUGAGGUGAAACAGUGGAGAGAUCAGGCCGAGAAGUUUCGUAAAGAUCAUGCGGAGCUGCUUGGCAAACUGGAGAGGAAGGAGCGAGAGUGUGAAACCAAGACCCAGGAAAAAGAGGACAUGAUGAAGACUCUGAACAAGAUGAAGGAUAAACUCCAGCGAGAGGGUGUUGAGCUGCGCUCAGCCAGGGAACAAGUCCUGGAUCUAUCAACACGCAUCAAUGACUGUAUUUCGGUGGGCAACGUGUCUUUCCCACGGCCACCUCCUCCUCCUCCAGGGGCUCCCAUGGCUCCACCUCCACCACCAGUGACAGGUGGCUUUCCUCCAACACCACCUCCUCCGCCCUUCAGCUGCCCACCUCCACCACCGCCACCUCCUCCACCCGGUGGCCCACCUCCUCCACCAGGAGCCCCCCCCAUUUUUGGAAUCCCACCUCCCCCUAUUCCAUGUUCUUUCAAUUCGGCAAGCACGCUGCGCUCCAAGUCCAUCCCUCAGCCCUCGCAUCCGCUGAAAUCUUUCAACUGGGCUAAACUAGGAGAGCAUAUGAUCAAUGGCACGAUCUGGAACGAUAUUGAUGACCUGAAAGCUUACAAGAUCCUUGACCUCAAGGACAUAGAGAAGAUGUUUUCUGCCUAUCAGAGACAGCAGGACCUGCUCACUAACCAAUCCUUCAAGCAGAAGGAGACCGGUUCUAUGGAUGACAUCUACGUCAGCACGCGGAAAGUUAAGGAGCUGUCAGUCAUCGAUGGCCGUCGCGCGCAAAACUGUGUCAUCCUCCUUUCAAAAUUAAAAAUGAGCAAUGAGGAGAUCAAGAGGGCCAUCCUAGAGAUGGAUGAGCGAGAAGAGUUGGCUAAAGACAUGCUGGAGCAGUUGCUGAAGUUUAUCCCAGAGAAGAGUGACAUUGAUCUCCUGGAGGAGCACAAACAUGAGCUCGAGCGCAUGGCCCGAGCGGAUCGCUUCCUGUUUGAAAUGAGCAGAAUUGACCACUACCAGCAGAGACUGCAAGCUCUGUUUUUUAAGAAGAAGUUUGCCGAGCGCCUUGUUGAAACCAAGCCAAAGGUGGAAGCCAUUCUGAAUGCUUCCAAGGAGGUGGUGCGGAGCAAGAGGCUCACUCAGAUCCUGGAGGUUGUGCUCGCCUUCGGCAACUUCAUGAAUAAGGGCCAGCGAGGAAAUGCCUUUGGGUUCAAGGUCUCCAGCCUCAAUAAAAUUGCCGACACCAAGUCCAGCAUAGAUAGGAACAUCACCAUGUUGCACUACCUGAUCAUGAUCUUUGAAAAGAACUACCCUGACACGCUGCACAUCCAUCUGGACCUCAGCAGCAUACCAGAGGCUGCAAAAGUCAAUUUGGCAGAGUUGGAAAAAGAGGUGCACAGUAUAAAAAGUGGACUGAAGGCGCUUGAAGCGGAGCUGCAGUACCAACAAAGCAGGACAAGGGAACGUGGAGAUAGGUUUGUGCCUGUGAUUGGUGACUUCAUCACAGUGGCUGGCUUCAGUUUCUCUGAACUGGAGGAUCAGUUGAGCGAGGCCAAGGACAAGUUCACCAAGUCUCUGAAGCACUUUGGGGAGGACGAAGGGAGGAUGCAGCCCGACGAGUUCUUUGGCAUUUUCGACACCUUCUUGCAGUCGUUCGGCGAGGCCCGCCAAGACCUGGAAAACAUGCAGAGGCGCAAGGAUGAGGAGGAGAGGCGGGCGCGCAUGGAGGCCAUGCUUAAGGAGCAGCGGGAGCGGGAACGGCGGUCCAAGAAGAGCGGCGCCUCCGACGAGGUUGGAGGGGAAUUUGACGACCUGGUGUCGGCGCUGCGUUCGGGCGAGGUUUUUGACAAGGACCUGAACAAAUUCAAACGCAACCGCAAGCGUUCCGUCAACCAGCUGGUGGAGGGCAGCGGCGGAGGCGGAGGGGGGCGAGAACGAGCCGUCACAAAAGUCAACUACUAGGAUGUCGCCUAAAGCUCAGCCCCGACGUGGAUCUCUCGCGUUACCCCCCCCCCCCCACCACCCCCCCGUUGAAUGUUGUGUGAUAUCCCGAUCUCACCGCAGGGCGGGUGGGGACACCUGGUGCAGACCACUGUGACACAUCUUCACCUGACUUUGACAACUGUGCUUUGACUCCUCGCCAUCUGUCACUUCCCUUUUUUUCACCGCUUCUUGUUCAACAACACCCCCCCCCCCCCGCCCCCACAUACACCCACCCCACCCUAUCUGGGAUCACAUGGCCACAGACCAAAAAGUAAGACAGCGGAGUGGGAAAGAAGCAAAGCUCGCAUCUGGAAACGAUCGAGUGGGAAUGGCACAGGUUCAAAAAUCGCCAGCCGGGAAUGAAGCAGCUGGUGGUCACACGACCUCUUUGUUCUCAUCGCAGCAUCAAUGUGUCAUGUCCACUACCUUGUUCUGGCAGAAACUCGUGCCAAAAUAUAAGAAACAUGUCAGAAAACAUACUGCAAUUAGGCAUUUGUAUUUUUAGCUCAAGAGUUGUUGGGGUAUUUUUUUUUUUUUUAACGUGUUCAUGACAUUUUGGGGGUUUUGUACUCUGAAAUGAAAUGAGAUUGUGUUGUGUUUCAUUCGUCCUGUUUGCACUGCAGCUCCUCCUCUCUCUGGCCAACAAAAGGAACACCAUUUGGCAAUAUACACAUUUAUACACAUUUUCAACACUUACAGAGGCGUUUUGUUUCCAUGAUCCGCUGCCAGCCUGCCUGCUCCACGCUGGCUGGUCAUGAUUCACAAUUCCAAGUAGCUCGCCUCAGUCACAGACGCCAGUCUAAUUAUUAGCACCAAGAUUCUGCCGGGCUGCCAUUCCAUGUCUAUGCUUGCUGCAAUGCCAUUGGCCUUUACAGAAUCCUGUUAUCUCUAAAUGGUGCACACAACACAUUGUUGAAAAACAAUCAUUAGUUCCAUGUUUCUGCUCAUUUGUAUGUCAAGAAAACAUUUUGAUUGGCGACCUUACCGCUGCAAAUAUGGCUUGAUUGAAACACUCUUGUAAGUAGCGAUAGAAGGAAUUGAAUCUAUCCAUUUUGAGAAAUCUUAGUAAAUGCCACAAAUGCUGCAGUGUGGGUGGUGGGCUCAGUGCAAGAAUGUUGUAGUUCGUUAUCUCACCACUAGAGGGCAACAUGUUCAUUAGUCAUUGAAGGGGAGAAUUUAGGAAAGCUGACAGUGAAGUAUAAGAUACUGAAAUAAAACAUGAAAAGACAUUAUUUUCCGCCACAUAACAGUUUAAAGCAGUAGCUUGGUCUUUUUCAGUGCAUAAAAUAUUUAAUCUGAUUUGGAGAGCUCAUAUGAUUUGCACACCCUAUUGUUUAAAAGCACCAGUGUUAUUCUCCGACCAAGUGUAUUAACAGCACCGCAACACUGCUCCCAAGUCCUUCCCAUGCACUUAACUCAACAAGCACUCGGUGUUACUCCGUCAUGAAGUUUUCUGAUGAGAAAAGACGUCGUAUUUUCUGAAGUUGUCCGAUGUUUUGUCCUUCGUUGCGUCACCUUCUUUUGACCACAUACUCGCCUUGAAGUGCCUCUGACCCUUCUUUGUGCAUAAGUACCAUUCCUCUUUCUGUGUGGUGCUUCGAAUGGAUGUCCAGUAUGCUGGUUUAAAAAAAAAAAGAGAGAGAAUAUGCAGCUGACAAAGGACAUAUGAACUCGCGUUCCCGUGCAGUAAAUAAUAAAGAGCAGCUCUGUAGCUGGAUCCCAGGACAGUCUAGAUUGACGUGUCUGAAAAUGAGUAACAGUGGAAGUUCAGUCUCCCACCACUUGCAUUCAUGUUUAGCCUUUGUUAUUUCAGUCUUUCACCAUUUGCCCUCAAACUGAAUGUGUGGCCCACCUCGAAAUGAACUUGGUGGCGCCCGUGAAAUCAGAACCUCUUUAACCAGCAUCUCGUGUCGAUUUUUCCUUCCCGCUCAUCAUCCUUUCUUUGUCUCUCCAGUUAAUCACUUCGUAUAUCCAUCUUUGGCAGAACCUUUUCGACACUUAACCUGAAACUUAAAGCCCACAUUUUUAGGGCAAACUAUUUACUGCAACCUUGUCAGUAUUCUUACAUGUGUGUUUUGUUCCACGUUUGGAUGUUUAUUAUAGGCCAUUGACUGGCUGAUUUUGGAGUGUCAAAGAUGGACAACUCAAUGACAUGAGUAGCUUUUUUUUUUUCGAUGCACUUUUAUACGGGACAUUUCCAUUUGCAAUGUUGUUUUGAGGGUUUAGAGUUCUUUGAACUGCGAAGGGUGCUACAAAAAAAAAAACAAAGAAAAAAAAUGAAAACGUUUUGUUAAAAGAGGAAAGAGGCAAGUGAUUGGUACUCCGGCUGGGCCGCUGGAAAAAUGAGGGAUGAGAGACGGAAUUGUGGUGGACACAGACCGUGCGUCUGCGUCCUGGAUUUUGCAAUGUCAAAAAAAAUUUAAAAAAGGGGGGGGGGGGGCGGGGAGGUGUUUAGUUUUGUGUUCAAACAUGCACUUGGCAUCAAAAGCUGCAUGCCCAAAGAAGUGUGCACACAGUGUGAUGUAUCGAUUUAACCUUUGAAUAGGAUGUUGCUUGCGCUAUUAAAAAUAAAAAGAGAAAAAAAACUGUUAUUAAAGUUAUAUAUCACUUUGUACUGCCUGAGAAAUGUCGCACCCACUUUUUGAAGGCUGUAUAAAUGUGACAAGUCAGUAUUUUGUAUGGUUGAAAAGAAAAGUACCCUUCACAAAAAGAUGUACAGUUGGAAGAAAACAAAACAAAAAUAUUUUGUACACCGUUCUUGAUGUUUGAGCUAAAACUAAAACACCAAUAAAACGUUGAGGAAUGUUGCAUUCUCCUGUAAAUUGUACCUCUAUUUAUUUGCCUUAUUUAGUUUGCUAUAUUUUGUAUGUACACAGCAUUAAGGGGAAAAAAAAGAUAUAUUAAAAAUAUGAUUAAUAAACUGGUCUGUGUACAGUGGAUAACUUUUGAGACUUGUGUAAGAAUGAGAAUCUUUUUUUUUGUUUGUUUAUUUUUCAUUUCUAAAAUAGUUUCUUUUUUUGUAUUUUUCUCACCUGUGUCUUUUGUAGGGUUACAAUAAAUGUUUGUCCCUUGCAA